AUGCUCACGAACUAUACUCCCCCGCCCAACACAGCUUCAAUAUCUUCCCUUCACUAUACCUACACCAUCACUCAUCACCAUCCCUCAUCAUACCCAGAACCUCCAACACCAUCCCCCCACACACCUACACCCUCAACACAGCCCCAACACCAUCCUCACCACACCUACAUCCCCAACACAGAUCCAACACCAUCCCCCACACAUCUACAUCCCCAACACAGCUCCAACAACAUCCCCCGCCACACCUUCACCCCCAACACAGCUCCAACACCAUCCCCCACCACACCUACACCCCCAACACAGCUCCAACACCAUUCCCACCACACCUACACCCCCAACACAGCUCCAACACCACCACCCCCACACCUACAUCCCCAACACAGCUCCAACACCAUCCCCCGCCACACCUACACCCCCAACACAGCUCCAACACUAUCCCCCGCCACACCACCCACAACACAGCUCCAACACCAUCCCCAACCACACCUACGACCCCAACUAAGCUCCAUCACCAUCCCCCACCACACCUACACCCCCAACACAGCUCCAACACUAUCCCUCACCACACCUACACUCAACACAGCUCCAACACCAUCCCCCACCACACCUACGAUCCCAACACAGCUCCAACACCAUCCCCCAUCACACCUACACCCCCAACACAGCUGCAUCACCAUCCCCCACCACACCUACACCCCCAUUACAGCUCCAACACUAUCCCCACCAUACCUACACCCCCAACACAGCUCCAACACCACCACCCCCACACCUACAUCCCCAACACAGCUCCAUCACCAUCCCCCACCACACCUACACCCCCAACACAGCUCCAACACUAUCCCCCACCACACCUACACCCCCAUCACAGCUCCAUCACCAUCCCCCACCAUACCUACACCCCCAACACAGCUCCAACACUAUCCCCACCACACUUACACCCCCAACACAGCUCCAACACCAUCCCCCCACCACAAUCACCACCUCCGCCACCCACCGCUGCCACCCAACGGCACCACCCACCACCGCAGCUAA